AUGGCCCAUCUUACACGCGAUGAAGUCAUCAAGUCAGGUGAGGUAUCCGAGGCUUUCGAGUCUCGCCCUGUAGACAUCACCGGCGACGACUUUUUCGCCCACCGCGCAUCUCGUGCAGACCACCUCUCGCGCCUACGCCAUCUCUACCCGAUCCCCGGCCCCAUCCCAGAUCUUGUCCAAGAAAGUCUACAUGAUGUACCGACUCGGGAUGGAGCAUCCAUCCGCGUUAGAGUCUACCAACCCGUUGCCGGUCCCCCGGAAGAUGGUAGUCCGCUCAUCAUGAUGUACCAUGAAGGAGGCUGGAGUAUGGGCGACUUGACAGACGAAGAUCUGAAUUGCAGGAUGUUUGCCAGAGACCUGGGGGCUGUUUGUGUGAACGUUGAGUAUCGUCUGGCACCCGAGCACAAGUUUCCCACUGGAGUGCACGACUGCUAUGACGCCCUGCUAUGGAGUCUGAGGAACAGCCCUAAACUUAACGCAACACCCUCCCGUGGUCUCCUUGUCGGUGGCGCAUCAGCAGGAGGUAACAUUGCCGCCGUCCUCGCUCUCCUUGCUCGAGACGAAAAGCUCAGUCCACCCAUCACCGGCCAGUACCUAUGCGUCCCCGCACUGCUCCCUGAUACAAACGUCCCGCACAACCUAGCUCCACUCUACCUAUCUCGGACGCAAAGUACCAACGAUCCAGUCUUGAAAGGUAUUCCACCGGGUAUGAUUGAGGAGAUUUAUACUCCUGACCCAAAAUCUCCUCUAUGGGAUCCAUUCAACCACCCAGAUGGACAUGAAGGUGUGGCAAAAGCCUUCUUCCAGGUCGGUGGCUUGGAUCCGUUGAGGGACGAAGCGGUGCUUUACGAUAGAAUCCUGAGAGAGAAGGGAAUACUGACGAGGUUUGAGUUGUACGCCGGGUAUGGACAUAUGUUCUGGACAAACUAUCCGGAGCUGGAGGAGAGCGAGAAGUUUGUUAUAGAUACGUUGAAUGGUGUAAAGUGGUUGUUGGAGAAAUAG